GGGAGGAGCGGACAGGAGGAGAUAAAAGGAUCAGACGUGCAGGGUGAGCACUCCACUCGUCUUCAACAUCAGAGCUGCACAUCUGCAAACAUCUGCUCCGAUCCCACAACAGCCAUGAGUAACAAAGAAGGCAUCGAAAUGAAAACCAUCCUGAAGCGUAAAAAACAAGCGAGCGUCCUGCUGAACGAUGAAGAGAGCACCACCCAGAGCAGCUCCCUCUGCGCCGUCCGCUGGAAUCUGCCUGACGAGAACGUCCAGGCGCACAGCUCGGCCCCCACCAUGCACGCCAGCAGCCUCACCAAACACUCACAGCAGCAGUCUCGCCAGAGCAGCCUGAGGGAUCUGCGCAGCCUGCAGGAGUGUGUGGAGUUCAUCCAGCACUGGAAGGAGCAGGUGGAUGAGUUGUGCAAGCAGGGAGGAAGAGACCCAGGGGGAGAAACCAGUAAGAAACAGACCAACGGGUCGGACCGGAAAGCUGAACGCAGCCUCGAGGAGAGCAGGAAACUGAUCCUGGAGUGGUCUGAUGAGCUCCAGCACGUAGAUGAGCUUCUGAAGGAGAACCCCUGGACACCUGAAGGUCAAAAGACAGAAAGAGAAGAAGAUAAAGAUCCUAAAGAGGAGGCACAACAGAGGAUCAUGGAGUGGGCUAAAGAGCUGCAGAGGGCCACGGAGAGCUGUGGCGUGCCGUGUGACGAGCUCGGGAAAGUCCUGCGUCUGCUGGGCCUGAAGAAGAAGCGGCUGUUCCGGCUGCUGCCUCUGCUGGAGUUCAUCACCUGGUCUCUGCUGAAGGAGGACAGCACGACGAUGGUGCCACAGCUAUGGCUGCUAGCAAAGCAAAGGACCUGGAAAGCAGGAAUACCAAGAUACAUCCCAAACUCAGUUUGGAGUUGGAUCUGCAGUGCAGCAGCUGAUGUGAUUCUGGACCCUAAGACCCACCACUCGUGGCUGCAGCUUUCAGACGACCAGCGUAAGGUCCAGGAAGGCCUCUCUGAGUUGGACGUGCCCCACAGCUCCCAGCGCUUCGAUCACUGGCCCUGUGUGCUGGGCUGGGAGGGCUACAGCGCCGGUCGCCACUACUGGGAGGUGGACAUAGCCAACAAUGGCUACUGGAGGAUCGGGCUGACCACUUCUAACGCACAGAGGAAAGGAAACAUUGCCAUGAAGCCAAAGAAAGGCUACUGGGUUCUGUGGAGAAGCAACCACCAUUUCUACGCUUGCACCAAGCCAGAGACGCAGCUUCCCAUCGGACUCGUCCCUCUGCGCUUGGGGGUCUACUUGGACUAUGAGGAAGGCCAGAUCUCCUUCUACAAUGCACAAACCAAGUCCCACAUCUACACCUUCACCGGGACCUUCAGAGAGAAGCUCUACCCUCUGUUUGCUCCCAUGGACGGCCGCACUCUGCUCACCAUCAUCGAGCCAAAGAAGAUCACCUCAAACUAACAGAGACGGACACCUGAAGUUCUUACUGGAGACUUUAAACGAAAGUUUUGAACUUUUACAGUGAGUUUCCAUGGAAACCUUACAAACAUUUCUAUUCUGGAUAGCUCUUAAAGACACCUUAUGUUUGGAGAAAUGUACCUGUUAGCUAAGACUGAAGCAGAUUACUGUCUUCUUAAAAAAAAAUUCUAAUCUAAAAAAACAUUAGAGCAGAACAAUUUAGGUUUCACAGGUGCAGUUUGGAGCUUUCACAACAGGUUGUACAGGUUUAUAACAGUGUCUACCUGAACAGCUUACAUCUUUUAUGUUUCAGUUGUUUUCAGACGACAGCAAUCGACUACAAUCUUAGCCGUUAGCCGUGGUGGAAGAAGUACUUGAUUUUUUUACUUAAGAGAAAGUCGCCCCCAAAUAAACUUUCUCUGCUGGUAAACUA